AUGAACCUUCCAGAACAACUAGGUUCUUGGUUGCAAAUAUGUGCCAAGUGGAAACUCGGCAAUCAGCUAUCAGCUAUAUGCUAUGUCCGGGAUUCGCCAUCCAUGCCGGUGAAGGUUUUAACCUUAACGGGAGCACCCCGCCCCAGUGCUCUCAAGUGGGAUGAGUCAGAGCUUCUGAACGAAUGCUGGUUUUGCAGCCUUAGUUUUGUUGAUGGAUGUCGUGCUACAACGGCGGGCUCGGUUCGUUGGCGGCGUGUUGAGGAACGCGAGGGGCAUUACGGCUUCCCAGGAGAGCAUGACAAAGUUGACAAGAUUCAUGAUGAUGAUAAUAUGAAUGAUGGAGAUACGGAGUUUUUUGCACUGGGUGGUGCGAUUGAGGCGCACACUGGUUUACAGGCAACAAUGGAUACUCAGGUGGAAACUGGGUCGGAAUUCUACGACCAUUCCUUUGCCCUGCAUGAAGGAGGAGGGGAUUCUAGUAUACCGAGCGGGAUGGAAUCAUUUUACGCAGAAUCCAACUUCGAGACUACAUUGGACGAUACCAGUAUAGUCAGUAGGGCGGACCACUUGACGGAGUAUCAUAACAGCCCUCAGCAUCCUCUGCCACCACCUUUAACAGGAAAUUUGAGUAAUCUAGAAGAUAUCCCUAACGCUGCUUAUCUCCAUUCGAUUUCCCCUCGGAUGAUCCCUAUCAACCUGAUCGUGGCGAUAAUCACAAUAUACCCUCGCAAACGAGUACGAACUCGUUGGGGUUAUGAGACCGAGGUUGUCGAGUUUGUGGUGGGUGAUGAAACGAGGUCGGGAUUUCAGAUCACUUGUUGGUUGCCGCUCAAGGGUGAACCGCGAGAUGGCGCGAAGGAAGAUCUCUAUGGGUCGAUACUAGGGUUGCGUCCACGAGAUAUCGUUCUUUUCCGGUCUGUGGCGCUAAACAGCUUUCGGGGUAAGGUUUAUGGCCAGACUUUGAAGGGUAACAUGACGAAAGUUGACCUUCUGCAUCGUGCGCUCGUUGGCCCUGACGAUGAUGGGGGUCUGUUCACUCUCCCAGGCCCUUGCUGA